AUGACGACAAGCGAAACUCGUCCAGCUUUUGCUGCCUUAUCAGCUGAUGAUGCCGAUAAUCAAUUAACUGAAAUUGAAUCACUUUGUAUGAAUUGCUAUGCUAAGGGACAUACACGUCUAUUAUUAACGCGCAUACCUUUCUACAAAGAUGUUAUUCUCAGUUCAUUCGAAUGCGAUUCAUGCCACUUUAAAAACAAUGACAUUCAACCUGCACAAAGUGUCGAACCAUUAGGAAUUAUCAUCAAUGUGCAUGUCACUCAACCUGGUGAUCUUAAUCGACAAUUCGUUAAAUCUGGUUAUGGAACGAUCCGUAUUAAAGAAUUAGAUUUUGAACAAGAACCUUACAACUCCAAUGGUGUUUUGACAACUAUCGAAGGUUUUUUUGAUUCAAUUGUAGAAAAUAUCAACAAAACCAUCAAGCAAAUCGAAGAAUCAUUAGAAGAUCUCAAGAAAAAUUCCACCGAUGAUAAUCAAAGUAGUAUUUCGGAAUUUGAACAACAAAAAUUGAAAUUAGAUGACUUUAUCAAACGUGUUGAGUCAUUAAAAACCUUAUCACAACCAUUCCAUUUUGAAAUCGAUGAUCCCAGCGGAAACAGUUGCAUCGAAAACCCCAAAGCACCAUAUCGAGACGAACAAAUGACCAUAAAGAAAUAUCGUCGAACAGCCAAACAAAAUGAAUCCUUGGGUAUUAACGAAGAAGAAAGCACGACAGAAACAGGCAGCACUGAAGCUAAAUCCGAAACGCAAAAUGCUGAUUCGAUAACUGAUGAAAUCUUGAUAUUUCAAACCAAUUGUCCGUAUUGUAAUUCACCAUGCGAUACGAACAUGAAAGUAACGCAAAUUCCAUACUUCAAGGAAGUUAUUAUUAUGGCGACAUCAUGCGAUGCUUGCGGACAUAAAUCCAAUGAAGUGAAAUCUGGUACAGGCAUUGCACCUGAAGGUGUUCGUUAUACUUUAUCUAUGAACGAUGCUACUGAUUUAAGUCGCGAUAUCUUGGUUUCCGAAACAUCAUCAUUCGCCAUUCCUGAACUUGAUUUUGAAAUUUCAUCCUCACGAUCGAUUGGUGGUAAAUUCACUACGCUCGAAGGCAUAUUUACAACAUUAAAAGACGAAUUAGCCAAUAUCAUUAUGCCAUUUAGUGGCGGUGAUAGUCAUGAUCCAAAAAGCGAUAAAAAUCGAAUGAAAUCGUUUAUCGAUACUCUGAAAGCGAUUCUCGCUGGAGAAGAAUUUGUUACCGUUGUUUUGGAUGAUCCUGCUGGUAGUUGUUAUUUACAAAAUACAUGUGCGCCGGAACCUGAUCCUCAGCUAACUGUCGAACAUUACAAACGUUCCGAAGAACAAGAUGAACUACUCGGAAUCAAUGAUAUGAAAGUGGAAAACUAUGAAGCAUCCUAG